AUGUUAUCACCCCUAUUCAAGGUUAGGGACUUUGCCGUUACUGAUUUUACUCAACAAGGCAUUGAGGUAGCCUGGCAGCAGCAACAGCAGGCAACAUCUACUACUGAUAAUGAUGAUGUUGAAGGAUGUUCUUCUAUCAUCAAGAGGACUGAGGUCUUCCCACCAAGAUCUACACUUAAUACGGUUAAGAUGCUUACCUUCUAUCGUAAGGAAGCCUUUGAGCUAUGGGCACAAUAUACCAACAGUGAGGACCAUGGCGAUGAUGCAUCUCUUGGGAGAUAUACUAUACAAGUACCUCAUAAUAGUGAGAAUGAUGAAGGACCUAAGAAGAUUAAAGUCCGAGCUAAGCUCAGUCUACAUGGUACAUUCAGUAUUGAGAAUGCUAUUAUGAUAGAAGAGGAAGAGUAUCAAGUUGUAGAGAAGGAGCGUAGACGACGACGACCUAUUAAUAAGGAAACUAAUGAUGAUGAGAAUAUGGUAGAUGCCUCUCCUUCAGCAGCAGCAGCUACUACUACUAUUACCAAUGAUGAUGUGAAUAUGCAGCCUGCUGAGGCUCCUGCUGCUCCUGCUGCUUCUGGUAUUAGUAGUGAGAAGGAAGGAAAGGGAGAUGAGUUCGAGGAGGACGAGGAGGAGGAGCUAGUUGAAGUGACCAAGAUUAAAACUCGGACUAAGAAGACCGAUAUACCCAUUAUUCGUUCUGGUCUACCUGGUAUGUCGGAAGAUAGGCUAAGAGCUGCUGAAGAUGAUGAGUUAAAGAUGAGAAAUAUUGAUAGGGAAGUGGCGGAGACUGAUGAGAAACGUAAUGAGUUAGAGAGCUAUAUCUUCGAGAGCAGGGAUAAGAUAAGUUCACCAUCAUCUAGAUGGUAUGAUUUCCUUAGUGCAGCCCAGAGAGAAGAAUUAUCUAAUAUAUUAAUGCAGACUGAGGAUUGGGUAUAUGAUCAUUAUGAGGCUACUAAGGCUGAGUACAUGGACAAGCUGAUAGAGAUACGUGCAUUAGGAGAUGGAGCUGAGAGUCGUGCUAUGGAAGCUAGUCUAAGACCUGAGGCAGAGGCUAGAGCACAGGAUGUUAUACAGAAGUAUAGGUCCUUAGCUCAGUCUCCUGAUAUUGCCUAUGCACAUAUUGCUAUUGAAAGGAAAGAGUAUAUAUUAGAAGAAUGCCAUAAACUGGAAUCAUGGUUAUCUCAACAGAAGGCAUUACAAGUUAGACAACCUCUUUAUCUACAACCAGUAUAUACUGUAUCACAGCUCAAUGAUAAGACUGAUGCCCUUAUCAAGUUGGCUGAUGGUAUACUGUCUGAGAAGCCUCCAUCAUCACCACCAUCAUCUAAGAAGGCUCAAGACGAGUCGGCCGAGUCUAAUAGUAAAGAAGAGGAGAGAGGCUCUCCUGAACCCAUUGUAGAGGAACCUGAUGAUAGCUCUGAUGAUCAGGAUGGAGAAGAGGAGGAGGAGGAAGUUGCUAAGGAUGAUGAUCAUCAUCAUCAUAUGGAUGUUGAUUAAUACACUUAUAGCAUUUUUGCUAAAUACCAGUACUAUCGAUAACAAAAUAUAUUGAUAAUAUACCCCUCAUAUACUACAGUUAUCGUGAUGAUGAUAGUAGUAAUAUCAUCAUCAUAAUCAGUAGCCUUUAAUGAUAACUAUCACUGUUAGUUCCUCGACCGU